AUGAAGAAUUAUCUGCUUCUACUCAUGGUUUACACAGGAGUUAUCCCUCUCAUCCUGUCUGUCCCUCGUAAGUACUAUCUGAUCCAGCAGGGGAAAACAUGGAGUGAUGCUCAGGCUUACUGCAGAGCCACACACACUGACCUGGCUAUCAUCGAAAGUAAUGAGGACAUGGUCCAACUUCAGAAUGAAGCACAGAGACAACUAUUCAGUUCCAGUGCUUGGAUUGGACUGUACAAUGGCAUCAACGUCUGGCGCUGGUCCUUAGGAAAUGAGCCACUGGGAAGUAUAACACUGUGGAAACCAGGACAGCCUGACAACAGGGGCGGAGAUCAGCGGUGUGGUGCGAUAGAUCCGAGCGGUUGGUAUGAUAGAACAUGUACCGACGCAUUCCCCUUUGUGUGCUUUGAUGGUAAGGAACAGCAUGUUUAACAUUUUGUCAGUGGAGAAGGUUGUCAUUAAAACAUUGUAGACUGUGUGCUCUCAGUGUUCUCAUUAAACUUUAAUUGUGCUCUAAA